AUGUCUCCCAAUAAAAUGAAAAAUCUCAAAUCAUGUUCAUCAUGUAAAGUUUGUGGCAUUGAUAAUGCUCAAUUACAUUAUGGUACACUAUGUUGUGUUUCAUGUAAAAUGUUCUUUCGGCGAAAUGCUCAUUUUGAUCUAAACGAUAGAAAAUGUGUUUCUCAUGGUAAAUGUGAUAUAACAAUAAAAAGUCGAAAAACAUGUCGAUAUUGUCGUUUAAAAAAAUGUUUUACAGUUGGAAUGGAAAAAGAAUUAUUACGUGCAUCACAUAAUCGACAAGGUACACGUAAUAAACAAUCUAUUAAUGAUAAAAUAACUUGUGUAACUAAUGUUAUCCAUCCAAUUGAUUUACUUCAAAAUGAUCGAUCAUUAUUAACAAGUCAACAAUGGUCAUAUUUAUCAAAUAUAGUUAAUUUAUUUGAUUCAAAAUUUCCUAUAUCUAAUAUUCGUCAAUUAUUAGAGAUUCAAUCAACAUAUCCAAUGAAAAUGCGUUUAAAAAUGGCUGAAACAAAUAUGUUACGUAUUAUUAAUACAAUGUAUCAAGGUGUUUUACCAUUUAUUAUAAAUAUAUCACAUUUUGGAAAUUUAUCAUUAAAUGAUCAAUCAGCAUUAAUUGAAAGAAAUCUAAGAAAUAUUGGGGGCUAUAGUGGUAUUGUUAUCAGUCGUGAUGCAGAUAUUCAUUCUAGUCCAAUAUUUAAAAUUGGUUUUCCAUUAAUAUAUGGAUCAAAAGUAAUGGAAGAUGCUAUGAAAAUUUAUGAAAAGACUGACAGUGAUGGUACAUUAGUUAAAUUAUUAAUGCCUACUUUGAUAUUCUCAACAGCUUGCGAUCUUCUUAUUCUAACAGAUAAAAAUGAAAACAAACUUAACAUCUCAACAAAUGAAUAUCGUUUGUUAACAGAUGAAAAACAAAUAUUAGAUAUACAAAAUUUUUAUACUGAAAUAUUAUUUAAAUAUAUGAUUUUUCGAUAUGGUUAUAAAGAUGCAGCAUUAAAAUUUGCUGGACUUAUUAAAACUUCUCUUGAUCAAAGUAUGUGUUCAUUAAAUGGUAGAGAAGCAUUAAGACAUAAACAAUUAAUGCAAACAAUAGUCAAACAAACUGAACAGUCAUUAACAUUACAAGAUGACAUUAUGAUAAACUGA